GGCUCCCGCGUACCGAGAUUUUUUUCCGAGCAGAAAAAAGCUCCAGAGCUCUCCUGACCUCCUUUCUCCUCAGCGGCGAGCGAAGCUCUCCCUCGGCGCUGCCGGCCGCGCCAUGCCGUGCUCGCGGGGACGGGAGCAGGGGCGCUGCGGCUGCCCCGCGGGGAGGGCUCGCGGCGAAGCCGGGAUUUCGGCCCGAGUGCCGGGGCUGCGGCAGCGGUGGGGAGGUCCCCCUCCUCCGACCCCAAGACCUUUACUUUUUUCUCUUUUAAUGGGAUGCUCUAUUUCUUCUCCUUUCUCUCUCCCAGGCCAGAACUGCACGUUCCAACUGCAGGGUCCCAAUGGGACAGUUGAGAGCCCAGGGUUCCCGUACGGCUACCCCAACUAUGCCAACUGCACGUGGACCAUCACUGCGGAGGACCAGCACAGGAUCCAGCUCGUCUUCCAGUCCUUCGCUCUGGAAGAGGACUUCGAUGUCCUGUCGGUGUUUGAUGGCCCACCCCAACCAGAGAACCUGCGAACCAGGCUCACAGGCUUUCAGCUGCCAGCCACCAUUGUCAGCGUGGCCACUACCCUCUCUCUGCGCCUCGUCAGUGACUACGCGGUCAGUGCUCAGGGCUUCCAUGCCAGCUAUGAAGUGCUCCCCAGUCACACGUGUGGGAACCCCGGACGGCUGCCCAAUGGCGUCCAGCAGGGCUCAACCUUCAACCUGGGCGACAAGGUACGCUACAGCUGCAACCCCGGCUUCUUCCUGGAGGGCCACGCCGUGCUCACCUGCCACGCUGGCUCAGAGAACAGUGCCACGUGGGAUUUCCCCCUGCCCUCCUGCAGAGCGGACGAUGCCUGUGGCGGUACCCUGCGGGGCCAGAGCGGCAUCAUCUCCAGCCCCCACUUUCCCUCGGAGUAUCAUAACAAUGCUGAUUGCACGUGGACCAUCCUGGCCGAGCUGGGAGACACCAUUGCUUUGGUCUUCAUUGACUUCCAGCUGGAGGAUGGUUACGACUUUCUGGAAGUCACGGGGACCGAAGGCUCCUCCCUCUGGUUCACCGGAGCCAGCCUCCCAGCCCCUGUCAUCAGCAGCAAGAAUUGGCUGAGGCUGCACUUUACCUCAGAUGGCAACCACCGGCAGCGGGGCUUCAGCGCCCAGUACCAAGUCAAGAAGCAAAUCGAGUUGAAGUCUCGAGGCGUGAAGCUGAUGCCCAGCAAAGAUAACAGCCAGAAGACAUCUGUGUUAACUCAGGUUGGUGUGUCCCAAGGGCAUAAUAUGUGUCCAGACCCUGGCAUACCUGAAAGGGGCAAAAGACUAGGCUCGGAUUUCAGGUUAGGAUCCAGCGUCCAGUUCACCUGCAACGAGGGCUAUGACUUGCAAGGGUCCAAGCGGAUCACCUGUAUGAAAGUGAGCGACAUGUUUGCGGCCUGGAGCGACCACAGGCCUGUCUGCCGAGCCCGCAUGUGUGAUGCCCACCUUCGAGGCCCCUCAGGCAUCAUCACCUCCCCCAAUUUCCCCAUUCAGUAUGACAACAACGCACACUGUGUGUGGAUCAUCACAGCGCUCAACCCCGCCAAGGUGAUCAAGUUGGCCUUCGAGGAGUUUGACUUGGAGAGGGGCUAUGACACCCUGACGGUCGGGGAUGGUGGGCAGGAUGGGGACCAGAAAACGGUUCUCUACAUCCUGACAGGUACAUCGGUCCCGGAUCUCAUUGUCAGCACCAACCAUCAAAUGUGGCUCCUCUUCCAGACUGAUGGCAGCGGCAGCUCCCUGGGAUUCAAGGCUUCUUACGAAGAGAUCGAGCAGGGCAGCUGCGGUGAUCCUGGUGUACCUGCCUAUGGCCAGAGGGAAGGCUCCCGCUUUCACCACGGUGACACUCUCAAGUUUGAGUGCCAGCCUGCCUUUGAGCUGGUGGGGCAGAAGGCAAUCACGUGCCAAAAGAAUAACCAGUGGUCGGCUAAGAAGCCAGGCUGCGUGUUUUCCUGCUUCUUCAACUUCACCAGUCCCUCUGGGGUCGUCCUUUCUCCCAACUACCCGGAGGACUAUGGCAACCACCUGCACUGUGUCUGGCUCAUCCUGGCCCGGCCGGAGAGCCGCAUCCACCUGGCCUUCAACGACAUUGAUGUGGAGCCUCAAUUUGACUUCCUCGUCAUCAAGGAUGGGGCCACCGCCGAGGCCCCAGUCCUAGGCACCUUCUCAGGAAACCAGCUUCCUUCUUCCAUCACCAGCAGUGGCCACGUGGCCCGUCUCGAGUUCCAGACUGACCACUCCACAGGGAAGAGAGGCUUCAACAUCACCUUUACCACUUUCCGACACAACGAGUGCCCAGACCCCGGCGUUCCCGUAAAUGGCAAACGGUUUGGUGACAGCCUCCAGCUGGGAAGUUCCAUCUCCUUCCUCUGUGACGAAGGCUUCCUUGGGACUCAGGGCUCAGAGACCAUCACCUGCAUCCUGAAGGAGGGCAGCGUGGUCUGGAACAGCGCGGUGCUGCGGUGUGAAGCUCCCUGCGGUGGUCAUCUGACUUCACCUAGUGGCACCAUCCUGUCUCCAGGCUGGCCUGGCUUCUACAAAGAUGCCCUGAGCUGUGCCUGGGUGAUUGAAGCCCAGCCAGGCUACCCCAUCAAAAUCACCUUCGACAGAUUUAAAACCGAGGUCAACUACGACACUCUGGAAGUGCGCGAUGGACGGACAUACUCGGCACCCUUGAUUGGGGUUUACCAUGGGACCCAAGUCCCCCAGUUCCUCAUCAGCACCAGCAACUACCUCUAUCUCCUCUUCUCCACUGACAAGAGUCACUCGGACAUCGGCUUCCAGCUCCGCUAUGAGACUAUAACUCUGCAGUCAGACCACUGUCUGGACCCAGGAAUCCCCGUAAAUGGGCAACGUCACGGGAAUGACUUCUAUGUGGGAGCUCUGGUGACCUUCAGCUGCGACUCGGGCUACACAUUAAGUGACGGGGAGCCCCUGGAGUGUGAGCCCAACUUCCAGUGGAGCCGGGCCCUGCCCAGCUGUGAAGCACUCUGCGGUGGCUUCAUUCAAGGCUCCAGUGGGACCAUCUUGUCACCAGGGUUUCCUGACUUCUACCCCAACAACUUGAACUGCACCUGGAUUAUCGAAACAUCGCAUGGCAAGGGUGUGUUCUUUACUUUCCACACCUUCCACCUGGAGAGUGGCCAUGACUACCUCCUCAUCACGGAGAAUGGCAGCUUCACCCAGCCCCUGAGGCAGCUGACCGGCUCGCGGUUGCCAGCCCCCAUCAGCGCUGGGCUCUAUGGCAACUUCACCGCCCAGGUCCGCUUCAUUUCUGACUUCUCCAUGUCCUAUGAAGGAUUCAACAUCACCUUCUCAGAAUAUGACUUGGAGCCCUGUGAGGAGCCCGAGGUCCCCGCCUACAGCAUCCGGAAGGGCUUGCAGUUUGGCGUAGGCGACACCUUGACCUUCUCCUGCUUCCCCGGGUACCGUCUGGAGGGCACAGCCCGUAUCACGUGCCUGGGGGGCAGACGGCGCCUGUGGAGUUCGCCUCUGCCAAGGUGUGUUGCCGAGUGUGGGAAUUCAGUCACGGGCACUCAGGGCACUUUGCUGUCUCCCAACUUUCCUGUGAACUACAGUAACAACCACGAGUGCAUCUACUCCAUCCAGACCCAGCCGGGAAAGGGCAUUCAGCUGAAAGCCAGGGCAUUCGAGCUCUCUGAAGGAGAUAUCCUCAAGGUCUAUGAUGGCAACAACAACUCGGCCCGCUUACUGGGGGUGUUCAGCCGCUCUGAGAUGCUGGGGGUGACCUUGAACAGCACGUCCAGCAGUUUGUGGCUUGAUUUCAUCACUGACGCCGAAAACACCAGCAAGGGCUUUGAGCUGCAUUUUUCCAGUUUUGAACUCAUCAAAUGUGAGGACCCAGGAACUCCCCAGUUUGGCUAUAAGGUUCAUGACGGAGGCCAUUUUGCAGGGAGCUCUGUGUCCUUCAGCUGUGACCCUGGAUACAGCCUGCGGGGCAGUGAGGAACUGCUGUGUCUGAGCGGAGAACGCAGAACCUGGGACCGGCCUCUCCCCACCUGUGUCGCUGAGUGUGGAGGGACAGUGAAAGGAGAGGUGUCGGGGCAGGUGCUAUCACCUGGGUAUCCAGCUCCUUACGAACACAAUCUCAACUGCAUCUGGACCAUCGAGGCUGACGCCGGCUGCACCAUUGGGCUCCACUUCCUGGUGUUUGACACAGAGGAGGUCCAUGACGUGCUGCGCAUCUGGGAUGGGCCCGUGGAGAGUGGGGUUCUGCUGAAGGAACUCAGCGGCCCGGUGCUGCCCAAGGACCUGCACAGCACCUUCAACUCGGUCAUUCUGCAGUUCAGCACCGACUUCUUCACCAGCAAGCAGGGGUUUGCCGUUCAGUUCUCAGUAUCCACAGCAACAUCAUGCAAUGACCCAGGGGUCCCACAGAAUGGGAGCCGGAGUGGCAACAGUUGGGAAGCUGGUGACUCUACGGUGUUCCAGUGUGACCCUGGCUAUGCCCUGCAGGGGAGCGCAGAGAUCAGCUGUGUGAAGAUUGAGAAUAGAUUCUUCUGGCAGCCCAGCCCACCAACGUGCAUCGCGCCUUGUGGGGGAGACCUGACGGGACCAUCGGGGGUCAUCCUGUCUCCAAAUUACCCCGAACCCUACCCACCGGGCAAGGAGUGUGACUGGAAAGUGACCGUCUCGCCGGACUACGUCAUCGCCCUGGUAUUUAACAUCUUUAACUUGGAGCCCGGCUACGACUUCCUUCAUAUCUACGACGGACGAGACUCUCUCAGCCCUCUCAUAGGAAGCUUCUACGGCUCCCAGCUGCCAGGCCGCAUCGAGAGCAGCAGCAACAGCCUCUUCCUCGCCUUCCGCAGCGACGCCUCAGUGAGCAAUGCUGGCUUCGUCAUCGACUACACAGAAAACCCACGAGAGUCAUGUUUCGAUCCUGGUUCGAUCAAAAAUGGCACACGAGUGGGAUCUGACCUGAAGCUGGGCUCCUCCAUCACCUACUACUGCCAUGGGGGCUAUGAAAUUGAGGGCUUCUCGACCCUGAGCUGCAUCCUGGGGCCCGAUGGGAAGCCUGUGUGGAACAAUCCCCGGCCAGCGUGCACAGCCCCCUGUGGGGGACAGUAUGUGGGUUCAGACGGAGUGGUCUUGUCCCCGAACUACCCCCAGAACUACAGCAGUGGACAGAUCUGUCUGUAUUUUGUCACCGUGCCCAAGGAUUAUGUUGUGUUUGGACAGUUCGCCUUCUUCCACACAGCCCUCAACGACGUCGUGGAGGUGCACGAUGGUCACAGCCAGCACUCCCGUCUCCUCAGCUCCCUGUCCGGCACCCACACAGGAGAAUCGUUGCCCUUGGCCACCUCUAAUCAAGUUCUCAUUAAGUUCAGUGCCAAAGGCCAGGCGCCAGCCAAAGGCUUCCACUUUGUCUACCAAGCGGUGCCUCGAACCAGCGCCACGCAGUGCAGCUCCGUGCCGGAACCGCGCUAUGGCAAGAGGCUGGGCAGUGACUUCUCUGUGGGAGCCAUCGUCCGCUUCGAAUGCAACUCCGGCUAUGCCCUGCAGGGGUCCCCAGAAAUCGAGUGCCUCCCUGUUCCCGGGGCCUUGGCCCAGUGGAAUGUCUCAGCACCAACAUGUGUGGUGCCGUGCGGGGGCAACCUCACGGAGCGCAGGGGCACCAUCUUGUCCCCUGGCUUCCCUGAGCCCUACCUCAACAGCCUCAACUGCGUGUGGAAGAUCAUGGUCCCUGAAGGUGCUGGCAUCCAGAUUCAAGUCAUCAGUUUCGUCACAGAGCAGAACUGGGACUCCCUGGAAGUGUUUGACGGCGCAGACAACACUGUGACCAUGCUGGGAAGUUUCUCAGGAACAACUGUGCCCGCCCUUCUGAACAGCACCUCCAACCAGCUCUACCUUCAUUUCUACUCAGAUAUCAGCGUGUCGGCAGCUGGCUUCCACUUGGAGUACAAAACUGUGGGCCUGAGCAGUUGUCCAGAACCUGCCGUGCCGAGUAAUGGGGUGAAGACUGGCGAGCGCUACUUGGUGAAUGACGUGGUCUCUUUCCAGUGCGAGCCUGGAUACGCCCUCCAGGGCCACGCCCACAUCUCCUGCAUGCCCGGGACCGUGCGGCGCUGGAACUACCCGCCUCCGCUCUGUAUCGCACAGUGUGGGGGAGCAGUGGAAGAGAUGGAGGGGGUGAUCCUGAGCCCUGGCUUCCCAGGCAACUACCCCAGCAACAUGGACUGCUCCUGGAAAAUCGCACUGCCCGUAGGCUUCGGAGCUCACAUCCAGUUCCUGAACUUCUCCACCGAGCCCAACCACGACUUCAUUGAAAUCCGGAACGGCCCCUACGAGACCAGCCGCAUGAUGGGCAGAUUCAGUGGAAGUGAGCUUCCAAGCACCCUGCUCUCCACGGCCCACGAGACCACUGUGUAUUUCCACAGUGACCACUCCCAGAACCGGCCAGGAUUCAAGCUGGAGUAUCAAGCCUAUGAACUUCAAGAGUGCCCAGACCCAGAGCCCUUUGCCAAUGGCAUUGUGAGGGGAGCUGGCUACAAUGUUGGACAAUCAGUGACUUUCGAGUGCCUCCCAGGAUAUCAACUAAUGGGCCACCCUGUCCUCACAUGUCAACAUGGCACCAACCGGAACUGGGACCACCCCCUGCCCAAGUGUGAAGUCCCCUGCGGUGGGAAUAUCACCUCAUCCAAUGGCACAGUGUACUCCCCUGGCUUCCCCAGUCCAUACUCCAGUUCCCAGGACUGUGUCUGGCUGAUCACCGUGCCCAUUGGUCAUGGCAUCCGCCUCAACCUCAGCCUGCUGCAGACAGAGCCCUCCGGAGACUUCAUCACCGUCUGGGAUGGGCCACAGCCGUCAGUUCCACGACUCUGGGUUUUCACCAGGAGUUUGGCCAAGAAAAUAGUGCAUAGCUCAACCAACCAGGUCCUGCUCAAGUUUCACCGUGAUGCAGCCACAGGUGGGAUCUUCGCCAUAGCCUUCUCUGCUUAUCCACUCACCAAAUGCCCUCCUCCCACCAUCCUCCCCAAUGCUGAAGUUGUCACAGAGAAUGAAGAAUUCAACAUAGGUGACAUCGUACGCUACAGAUGCCUUCCUGGCUUUACCUUGGUAGGAAAUGAAAUCCUGACCUGCAAACUCGGAACCUACCUGCAGUUUGAAGGCCCACCCCCGAUAUGUGAAGUACACUGCCCAACGAAUGAGCUUCUGACAGACUCCACAGGUGUUAUCUUGAGUCAGAGCUACCCUGGAAGCUAUCCCCAAUUCCAGACCUGCUCUUGGCUGGUGAGAGUGGAACCCGAAUAUAACAUCUCCCUCACAGUGGAGUACUUCCUCAGUGAGAAGCAGUAUGAUGAGUUUGAGAUCUUUGAUGGUCCCUCAGGACAGAGUCCUCUGCUGAAAGCCCUCAGUGGGAAUUACUCAGCCCCUCUGGUUGUCACCAGCACAAGCAACUCCGUGUACCUGCGCUGGUCAUCUGACCACGCCUACAAUCGGAAGGGCUUUAAGAUCCGGUAUUCAGCUUCCUACUGCAGCCUGCCCAGGGCUCCACUCCAUGGCUUCCUUCUGGGCCAGACCAGCACCCAGCCCGGAGGCUCCGUCCACUUUGGCUGCAACGCUGGCUACCGCUUGGUGGGGCACAGUAUGGCCAUUUGUACCCGGCACCCCCAGGGCUACUACCUGUGGAGCGAGGCCAUUCCUCUCUGUCAAGCUCUUUCCUGUGGGCUUCCUGAGGCUCCUAAGAAUGGAAUGGUUUUUGGUAAAGAGUACACAGUGGGGACCAAGGCUGUGUACAGCUGCAGCGAAGGCUACCACCUCCAGGCAGGUGCUGAGGCCACAGCAGAGUGUCUGGAGACAGGCCUGUGGAGCAACCGCAACACCCCACCUCAGUGUGUCCCCGUGACCUGUCCCGAUGUCAGCAGCAUUGGCGUGGAACACGGCCGCUGGAGGCUCACCUUUGAGACACAGUACCAGUUUCAGGCCGAGCUGAUGCUCAUCUGCGACCCUGGCUACUACUACACUGGCCAGAGGGUUAUCCGCUGUCAAGCCAAUGGCAAAUGGAGUCUUGGGAACUCUAUGCCCACCUGCCAAAUCAUCUCCUGUGGAGAGCUCCCCAUCCCACCCAAUGGGCACCGCAUCGGAACGUUGUCCGUGUACGGGGCAACGGCCAUCUUCUCCUGCAAUUCUGGAUACACACUCGUGGGCUCCAGGGUGCGGGAGUGCAUGGCCAAUGGGCUCUGGAGUGGCUCUGAAGUCCGCUGCCUCGCCGGACACUGCGGGACUCCUGAGCCUAUCGUAAAUGGACUCAUCAACGGGGAGAACUACAACUACCGGGGCAGUGUGGUGUACCAGUGCAAUGCCGGCUUCCGGCUCAUCGGCAUGUCUGUGCGCAUCUGCCAGCAGGAUCACCACUGGUCGGGAAAGACCCCUUUCUGUGUGCCAAUUACCUGUGGACACCCAGGCAACCCAAUCAACGGCCUCACUCAGGGCAACCAGUUUAAUCUCAACGAUGUGGUCAAGUUUGUUUGCAACCCUGGCUAUGUGUCUGAGGGGGCUCCUAGGUCCCAGUGCCUGGCCAGUGGGCAGUGGAGCGACAUACUGCCCACAUGCAGAAUCAUCAACUGCACAGAUCCUGGGCACCAAGAAAACAGCGUUCGUCAAGUCCACGCCAGCGGCCCACACGGUUUCAGUUACGGCACCACUGUGUCUUACCAGUGCAACCAUGGCUUCUACCUCCUGGGCACCCCAGUGCUCAGCUGCCAGGGAGAUGGCACGUGGGACCGUCCCCGCCCCCAGUGUCUCUUAGUACAGGGGCCCAACUGCCUCCCCUUAACAAUGGCCCACUAUCUUUCUCUGUCGGUCUGCUACUCUCUUCCUUCCAUGCUGAAAACAAUGGGGUGUGUUUGGUUCUGGUCCAUAGGAACCAGCAUGGGAAUUUGUGGUGACCCUGGGACCCCAGCCCAUGGCAUCCGUUUGGGCGAUAGCUUUGCCCUGGGAAGUCUGAUGCGCUUCAGCUGUGAAGCUGGCCACGCCCUCCGGGGGUCAUCAGAGCGGACCUGUCAGGCCAACGGCUCAUGGAGCGGCACACAGCCUGAGUGUGGAGUGAUCUCUUGUGGGAACCCUGGAACUCCAAGCAAUGCCCGAGUCAUGUUCAGUGAUGGCCUGGUUUUCUCCAGCUCUAUCGUCUACGAAUGUCGGGAAGGCUACUACGCCACAGGACUGCUCAGCCGACACUGCUCGGUCAAUGGCACCUGGACAGGCAGUGACCCAGAGUGCAUAGUCAUAAGCUGUGGCGACCCUGGGAUUCCAGCCAAUGGCCUCCGGCUGGGCAAUGACUUCAAGUACAACAAGACUGUGACAUACCAGUGCGUCCCUGGCUACAUGAUGGAGUCACAUAGGGUAUCUGUGCUGAGCUGCACCAAGGACCGGACAUGGAAUGGUACCAAGCCAGUCUGCAAAGCUAUCAUGUGCAAGCCACCUCAGCUCAUCCCCAACGGGAAAGUGGUGGGGUCCGACUUCAUGUGGGGCUCAAGUGUGACGUAUGCCUGCCUAGAGGGGUACCAGCUCUCCCUACCUGCGGUGCUCACCUGUGAGGGGAAUGGAUCCUGGACUGGAGAGCUGCCUCAGUGUUUCCCUGUGUUCUGCGGAGAUCCUGGCGUCCCGCCCCGUGGGAAGAGAGAGGACCGAGGCUUCUCCUACAGGUCAUCUGUCUCCUUCUCCUGCCAGCCCCCCCUGGUGCUGGUGGGCUCCCCACGGCGGUUCUGCCAGUCAGAUGGGACGUGGAGUGGCACCCAGCCCAGCUGCAUAGACCCGACGCUGACCAUGUGUGCAGACCCCGGCCUGCCGCAGUUCGGGAUCCAGAACAAUUCCCAGGGCUACCAGGUUGGAAGCACAGUGCUCUUCCGCUGUCAAAAAGGUUACCUGCUUCAGGGCUCCACCACCAGGACCUGCCUCCCCAACCUGACCUGGAGCGGAACCCCACCCGACUGUGUCCCCCACCACUGCAAACAGCCAGAGACGCCAACGCAUGCCAACAUCGGGGCCCUGGACUUGCCCUCCAUGGGCUACACACUUAUCUACUCCUGCCAGGAGGGCUUCUCCCUCAAGGGUGGCUCCGAGCAUCGCACCUGCAAAGCAGAUGGCAGCUGGACGGGCAAACCACCCAUCUGCCUGGAGGUCCGGCCCAGUGGAAGACCCAUCAACACUGCCCGGGAGCCACCACUCACCCAAGCCUCAGUUCCUGGAGAUGUUUUUGCCAAGAAUUCCCUAUGGAAAGGGGCCUAUGAGUACCAGGGGAAGAAGCAGCCAGCCAUGCUCAGAGUGACUGGCUUCCAGGUUGUCAACAGCAAGGUCAAUGCCACCAUGAUUGACCAUAGUGGCGUGGAGUUGCACUUGGCUGGAAUUUACAAGAAAGAAGAUUUCCAUCUCCUGCUCCAGGUUUAUCAGAUCACAGGGCCUGUGGAGGUCUUCGUGAAUAAGUUCAAAGACGAUCACUGGGCUUUAGAUGGACAUGUCUCCUCGGAGUCCUCCGGAGGCACCUUCAUCUACCAAGGCUCCGUCAAGGGCCACGGCUUUGGGCAGUUCGGCUUUCAAAGACUUGACCUCAGGCUGCUGGAGUCAGACCCCGAGUCCAUUGGCCGCCACUUCGCUUCCAACAGCAGCUCGGUGGCAGCCGCAAUCCUGGUGCCUUUCAUCGCCCUCAUCAUCGCAGGCUUUGUGCUCUAUCUCUACAAGCACAGGAGAAGACCCAAAGUUCCAUUCAAUGGUUACGCUGGCCACGAGAACACAAACGUUCGGGCCACAUUCGAGAACCCAAUGUACGACCGCAACAUCCAGCCCACAGACAUCAUGGCCACCGAGGCAGAGUUCACAGUCAGCACGGUGUGUACAGCGGUAUAGCCACCAGGCCUGGCUGCCGCCACCACCGCCACCGAGAGCCCCGCCUCCAGCAGCCGUUCUCCAGGGGACAGGAAGUACGCUACCCUGAGCGCAGUGCCCAGUGCCCAUCUUCGUCUGUCCCUCUGCCCGUGUCUGCUACUGCUGGGACUUGGGCCCUCGCCCUGCCGCCAUCUGCACCCACCCACCUGGAGAGGACUCCCACUGUGCUCUGCCUUGGGGCAGUCAAGAAAGAGGGGCUGCAGACCGAGGAAGGAAGCUUAUGGAUUUAAAAUAACAGAGCACCUCGUGGAUGUGUGUGUGUGUCUAUGGGCCAGAGCGUGUAUGCCCAUGCGCACACACACAUACACACACACACACACACACACACACACCUCUUCUUCAUUCAAUUCUAAGGAAGAGACUAUAGAAGCUUAAAAAAAAGAAAUGGAUGUGAAAGAUGCCCUAUUCCCUGCUCCCCACAAACACAAAGAAGAGGUGAAGAGGAGGAGGCACCAACAGCACUGCAGCCAACACGCCCCACUCUGUUCUGUUUGUCAGGAUUCAGUGAAUGAUGCAUCUGAGGUGGUCAGUAUGCAGACACCAGCCCUCCGCAAAUGAAUGGUCCCAUCUGCAGAAUGACAGCAAAGAUUACCCAACGGCAGAAAAAUAUCUUCAGAAAUAGAUUGGAAACCAGUUUAUUUUUUUCCAACAUAAUUUUAUUGCAUUUUAAACCCAGUGAAUUAAAAAGUCAUUCUGGGCCUCAGGCAGCACCGGAAAAAAAGGACGGAUAAGAGGAGUUAAAGGCAGGAAUUUGGCCAGGAGCCCAAGGUCAAGUCUGUCAGUCAACUGACGAAAACGAGAAACAAGUCUGUGGGCCAGACAGGGCCACCAAGUCUGCAGGCAUCGGGAGGUGCUGGAAAGGAUAGGGGAACAAGUCUACCCCAGUGUCCAAAAAAUAAUGGCUGUAUAUAUCAAGUUUCUUUUUCUCUGUGCCUGACACUGUAGCUGUAUCAUUUCUAGACCUGCAGUACCCCAAAACAUAAGAAUUAUUAUUCCAAUUUUAUAGAUGAGAAAACAGAAGCCCAGAAAGGUGAAGAGAUGUAAGCCACAGUUAGUAAGUGUGGGGUCAGGAUGCAAACCCAGAUGGCUCUGACUCCAGAGUCCACUCCCUGGGUGCCAGAAACCCAGGUCUACAAGGGACACCAAAGCUGGAGAGCAGUAGGUGCAUCUCUACAGUAGAACUGUGGCCAGGGCUGGUGGGCCAAGCAGGGGAUACAUAUGUCCUCUCUGGGUUCUGUUCUUUCUACCUGGGGAAUAUCAGGGCAAGGACCCAGUACCUGGCUCCUGGAGCUGGUGCUGGCCCCUUGGGUCCCAACAGCCCCUCGCCACAGCAGACAAAGGACCUGGGAGCUCCUGGAUCAAAAAAAGGGAGUGGAUGAAAGUCACAUUCUCUCCAGCUCCCUGCAAGUGGAUUUAUUUUGAGUUUCAUUAUGCUUGGGUCGUUAAUGAAUUCUACAUAAGUAUUGUGGGAAGCUAACAAGUUUAAGAAUUAAGCUAUGACAUUUAGAACCCCUUUCUCUAUCCUUGGGAAGGUCCCCAUGGGCUUAAGCACAUGUACAUGUAUGACAUGCUGGCCUCUGAUGUUCAUAUCACAUGUUGAAAUGACAAAUAGAAAUGCAUGGGCCUUAAAUGGCAGGGACACCUGGUUCUUAGGCAAAUUCUGGCUUGGAACAAUGCCGUGGGGACUGGCAAAGACAGGGACCUAGCACAGCCCAUCACUGCUCUGGGUCACAGCAUCCCUGGAAACAAAUGCAGGGAGCUCUCUGGCUGCUCCCAUCCCCCUUCUUAUAAUCCUCUCAAACCAACCAGUGGACUCCUUCUCCAGCCCUGCCUCUGCCCAUCUCCUGUGUCCCCUUGUGAAGUCCCAGGAGACGCCCCAGGAGCACAUGCUGGUGCAGCACCCAGCACUCUGCCGUGCGUCGUCCUUCCCACCUCUGGCAUUUUUCUCUCCACCUCCAGAGGUUUGGAAGGGACCAGGGCAGACUGGGCCCUUCACCCACCAUUCAUACCACAUACCCAUCACCAUCCCAUAAGGGGAAAAAAAAAGUAAAAAACAAAAAAAUCUUUUGUACAGAGAUAUAUUUUUAUUAUACAAAGUUUGUACAGUACCAAAAAGAAAGGAAAAAAAAAGGUGUAAAUUUUUUUUCAUUAUCGUAGGUAAACGGUAGUGGAAGCCUUUUUUGUAAAUGUAAUAAAAUGUAUAAAUAUGGUUUUCAGAAGACAUCAAGUGCUGUAAAUAUGUAAUCUACACAUCUUCUUGGCUUGUCUGCAGUAUAUACAUUUAAUUUAUCUGUCUCUGUAUAUGAGGCUUCCCCCUGGGGUCCUGCAUUAUGGUACUUUCCUGAAUUUGAGAGCAAUUUUAAAUUUUUUGAAUUCAAAUAAAAUAUAAAUUUUUGCA